GGUCAAUAAAGUGGUGGCGCUGCGUAUGAUGUCUGGUUCUUUCUCUCUCUCUCUUUCUUCAAUGUAAAACAGGUAGCAUCCUUAACUUUGAAGACUAUGUACAUAAACUCAAAAAUGGCAAACAACAUUCCUCCUGGGUAUCACGUUGAAGUUGUGGGGGACGCUAGAUUUGUGGUACCUUUACGGUACUCUAAUUUGAAGCCCAUUGGUUCUGGAGCUCAGGGCUUUGUUGUAGCUGCCUAUGAUUCAGUACUCAAACAAGAUGUUGCCAUUAAAAAAUUGGCUCGUCCUUUUCAAAAUGUUACACAUGCCAAACGUGCCUAUCGUGAAUUUGUUUUGAUGAAACUGGUGAAUCACAAAAAUAUCAUAUCAUUAUUAAACGCAUUUACUCCUCAACAAACAUUGCAAGAUUUUCAAGAUGUUUAUUUGGUGAUGGAGUUUAUGGAUGCCAAUUUAUGUCAGGUGAUCAAUCUUGAUUUAGAUCAUGAACGAACCUCAUAUCUUUUGUAUCAAGUCUUAUGUGGUGUAAAACAUUUACAUGCAGCCGGUAUAAUCCAUCGAGAUUUAAAACCCAGUAAUAUUGUUGUAAAACAUGAUUGUAGUUUGAAAAUUCUGGAUUUCGGUUUGGCUCGUACAGCUGGAGAUAGCUUUUUGAUGACUCCAUAUGUUGUAACUCGUUAUUAUCGUGCUCCAGAAGUUAUUUUAGGUAUGGGUUAUUCUGAAAAUGUAGAUAUUUGGUCAGUUGGUUGUAUAUUUGCUGAAAUGGUUUUAGAAAGAAUUCUAUUCCCCGGUUAUGAUCAUAUUGAUCAAUGGACUAAAAUUACAGAAGAACUUGGAACACCAGGACCAGAAUUUAUGAAUCGUUUAGAAUAUGCUGUUCGUAAUUAUGUAAUGUCACGUCCAAAAAAUGAACCACGUUCAUUUACUGAACUUUUUCCAGAUGAUCGUUUCCCUCCACCUAGCACCGAUCAUGAAACACUAAACGCUGACCAAGCUCGAGACUUAUUAAGUAGAAUGUUAGUAAUUGAUCCAUUACAAAGAAUUUCAGUUGAUGAUGCUCUUCAUCACCCAUAUAUACACGUAUGGUACGAAGAUUCUGAAGUAAACGCGCCACCGCCAGCUCCAUAUGAUGAUUCACUUAGUGAAAGAAAUUUAUCAGUUGAAGAAUGGAAAGCGCGUAUAUUUCAUGAAGUAAAAGAAUUCGAAGCUAAAGAAUCUCAUAUACGUAAUGUUCAAAAUUAAAUGAUCUUUCAAACAAAUGGAUCACAUGUGUAUAUACACAUGCAUUUAUAAGACAAAAUAUUAAAAGACAGACAAACUGAGAGAGAGAGAAAAGUGUUCUACAUAAAAGAUCGAAUAAACGAACAUUAUAAAUGAUGAUCAAGUUAUCAACAACAAACCUACAGAUUAUUCCCAGCUUUCUUUUCUUUUAAAAAAAAACUUUAUUAACUGGAAACUGUGAAUAGAUGUAGUGGUGGUGGUGGUAGUGAUACAGUGAAACUUUUGGUUGUUUCCUUGUUUUUAUAUCAUUAUUAUUAUUAUUAUUUUCUAUUGUUUAACCUCUUGUAAAUUUAUUGGCUACCAGUUAUUAUUAUUGUUUUGUAUAAAAUAAAUAAUCGAGAUAGUUGUCUAUAUAUAGAAUUAUUUAUCAUUAUUAUUCCAAAUGUGCAUACAAUAAUUCGCUUGUGUUAUCCUUUGAUUAUGUACUGUAUAGGAAAUGAAUGGUCCGUUGAAUGUAUACAUACACACAUGCAUACAUAUGAUGUAACUCGAAUGGAUUAUGUUUAUUUUUUUUUUAAAAUUUUAUCGUUGUUUUAUUUCUUUUUACAUUUCCCCCUUUAUUAAUUCUUUUCUUUAAAAUUUUUUUUAGUUUCCAUAUAUGUUUAUGUAUAUGUGUGUGUUUGGUAAUUUUUGUUUUUCUUUCUCCCUGUUAUUACUAUGUUAUUAUGUAACUUUAGUGUUAAUAUGCACACACACACACACAGGCAUCCACAAACACAUACAUGCUUAUUUUUCAUCUAUUUAUUAACUACUUUUCUAUGUUUAUUUUGUGAUAUAACUUUUCAUUGUAGAUGAUUCAAUGAAUUCAGUUAUUAUGUCAUUUAUAUUAUUAUUCAAUUAAAUAAAUAUAGGUAUAACCUUUUAACCGUAAUCACUAUUCCCGGUAUAUAAGAUAAUCAUUAUCACAAAUGCUUGUUUGUUUUUUUUGGACAUCCAUUUUUAUAUUUAUACAUGGUUGUCUCAAAGAAAAAGAAAAAAAAAGAGAAAAACGCUUUUUUUUCUUUUUUCUUUCUUUCCUUUUUUUUCAAAAAAGAAGAACAAACAAAUAAUAUUUUAUUCAUUAGUACAAUUGUCCAUCACCGCAAAUGCCUAUUCAUUGUGUGUUUUGAUUUUUGAACAAAAAACAAAACAACAUCCCAUUGAAACUUAUUUCGCUAUAUUGUUGAAUCUACUAC